AUGAAAUACGACAGGGCAAAUCUUUUGAGGGCAUUCCAAGCCACACAGAAGGGCAUGUCAGUCUACAGGGCUUCUAGAGAGUACAACGUUCCAGAAUCAACUCUACGUGACAGAACACGGGGAUUGGUUCCUGUUGAUGUAACUGUGGGGUUUAAGCCAUUGUUUUCUGUAGAUGAAGAAGAAAAGCUUGUCAAGCACAUUUCUUACAUGGCAGACAUAGGCUAUGGAUAUAAUGUGUCCAAAAUAAAGUACAUGGCCAGGGACUAUGCCUUACAUCUUGGAAAAGUUGUUAAGUCUGCUGAAAGUCUCAGUGAUUGUUGGUUUUAUGACUUUGUAAAGAGAUGGCCUAACUUAAAAAUUGCCAAACCACAGAAACUUGCCAUAUCUAGAGCUAAAUCUGCAUCAAGACAAACCAUUGAUAACUAUUACUGUGAACUUGAAUCUAUCUUGAAAGAACACAACUUACUAGACAAGCCAGAACGGAUUUUCAACAUAGAUGAGACUGGAGUGUCCACAGAGCACCAACCACCAAAGGUUGUUUGUAGUAAAGACACAACUCCGCAAGCUGUUACAUCACCUAGGUCUUCUUUGGUUACAAUCAUUGCAGGAGGUAAUGCCAUUGGUAAUUCUAUACCACCAUACUUUGUUUUUUCUGGGAAACGUUGGAACCCUGAAUUCCUCCAGGACGCCUGUGUUGGAUCAUCUGGUGAAAUGACAAAGAAUGGUUGGUCGAACACUCAGGUAUUCCAGAACUAUGUCACAAACCAUUUUGCGAAGUAUGCAAAUCUGUCACCAGAGAUACCAACCUUAUUACUGUAUGAUGGACAUAAAUCACACAUUUCCCUUACUCUUACUCAGUGGGCUGAAAGAAACAAUGUGAUAUUAUUUGUUCUGCCUCCACAUACAAGCCAUUUGACACAACCACUGGAUGUUGGGGUAUUUGGACCAUUCAAGAAGAUGUAUAGUAUGGCUUGUCACUCUUACAUGCAACAGAACCCUGGUCUUACCAUUUCAAAGUACAGUGUGGCAGCAUUGACAGCCAAACCAUACAUGAAAGCUCUGUCCACAGAAAAUCUGCAAGGUGCAUUUAGGAAAGCCGGCAUAUUUCCAUUUGACAAAACCACCAUUUCUGAUGGGGAUCUUGCUCCAGCUGUGAUCUAUGAAUCUUGCAAAACUUCUGAUUUGUCACAGGAAUGCACCCCAAGUCCAAUGCAACCUUCAUCAACCAACAUUAACUGUGAAACAAAAGUAACUUCCAACACAGAUGACCAGUCAUUCUUUGCUGAACGAACUGUCACGAAAGCUCUUGUGAAAAAAACCCAAACGAAAGUUUGUACCUCCCUUCCUCACUGGGAAUUUAUUGAAAGAAAAAAACAUCGAAAUAAUGGAACAGUCUGCAAAAAAAACAAAAUCAGAACCACUGUCACAAAAUCAGAAAGACCCUAUGCCAAGCACCUCAGGAGUGACUAA